CGAACGACUUCGAGUGGCUGCCAGUGGUCGUUCAUCCGCUUCAGUCGUGUUACUGUUAACUUUGAAUCAUCGUUUCCCUAGAAAUGGCUGUUGUACCUAAAGGCAAGAAAAUUGUUAAUGACACUACGCCAAUGAUAUGCACCAUCGAGGGUAUUGCCAAGAAGGAACAUGUUGAUUAUAUCAUGAAAGUGCAACGAGGAAUCAACCAUGACGACUCUUGGCAGGUUGUGCAUCGUUAUAGUGAAUUUGUAACUCUACAAUCAAUUCUUGAGGUAUCUGGUAUCGAUCUUUCCCUGCCCCCAAAAAAGGUAUUUGGUAAUAUGGAUGCCACAUUCAUUGCUGAACGGCAGCAAGGUCUUCAGAAUUACAUAAACUUGAUAUUGGCCCAUCCAAUUUUAACGCGGCAUAUUGCUGUUAAGAGAUUCCUUGACCCAGCCAACUACUCCUGGGACUUUCAAGAGAUAGCCAUGCAAAAUGUAGCGAUGUUCUUGAGAUCAGUUCCAAACUGGGAAAUAGUUGAACCAUUGCCUGACAUAGGAUGGCGGCUAAGAAAGCAGUUCUUCUUAAUAAAACCUACAGAUCCUACCAAGAAAGAUAUCAGAAAUAUUCUUACAUGGACAGACUAUGGUCCAGAGUUUUGUUUGGAUGAGAAAGACCUGGAAGCAAUAUUAAAAUUGAUGACCUCUUCACAGCAUCCUUAUAUAUGCCCACCAUCAUUUACCACAAUUAAUUCAGAAGGAGUCAUAAUUGUGAGGAAUUUUAUGCCGAAUGGAACACUAAGGGAUUGCCUGUGUAAGGCAAAACCAAAACUAAAUCAACUUAAGAAAUAUGGAAAUCCAAAGUCUAGAGCUGUCUUACAUGAACAGAACAUUCAGCUUUUUGGAAGACAGAUCUUAGAGGCAUUAAAAUUUUUACAUGAGAAAGGGAUUCCCUAUGGUCAUUUACAUACAGGAAAUAUUGUCUUGGAAGGAAAUGUGUGUAGAUUACUAGAAAUUGAGAAUGGCUUGAUGGGUAUCCCGUCCAUUCACAGACACCGCUAUGUUCCCAUGAAAAAAAUACAGGAAAAGGAAGCUGAAGACGUUUACUGUUUUGCUCAUGUGUUAUACGAGAUGGCUUUUGGUGAUGCAUUGCGUAGCAGCACAUUGCAUGAUGUACCUCCUAACUGCCCAUCUCAACUCAGUAAGUGUGCAUUAACCUUGAUCUCAAGUAAAUUAAAAGAAGCUAUUAAAACAGCUAAAGAACGCGCGGAGACCAAACUGAAGGAGGAUCAGAAAAUGCUGCGGCAGUUCCGUAGAGCAUCGAAAGCGCAUGCCCAUCAUAUGUCAGAGGAAGAAAAGAAGAAGAGGAAAAAGUCGGCAAAGAAGAUCUCAAGUAAAUUAAAGGAAGCUAUUAAAACAGCUAAAGAACGCGCGGAGACCAAACUGAAGGAGGAUCAGAAAAUGCUGCGGCAGUUCCGCAGAGCAUCGAAAGCGCAUGCCCAUCAUAUGUCAGAGGAAGAAAAGAAGAAGAGGAAAAAGUCGGCAAAGAAGCUGCAGAAAGAGGCUUCAUUGUCAGACACGACUCAACCGUCAGCCGCUGCCCGUCCGCCAUCUUCGCCUGCGCCCGUUUCACCGCGGACUCCAACCUCUGGUUCAUCUUCUAUUCCGCCUGCUCCCCAAGCUCCUGCUCCGCCGCCUGCUCCUUCCUCCCAGGCUCCCGCUAAGAAGACAUCGCCCCCGCCAAAAUCACAAGAACGAGGCGCCUUGUUAAACUCCAUCUGCGACUUCAGAAAAGGCGGCUUGAAAAAGACGGUAACAAAUGACAAGAGCAAGCCAUCGAUAUAGAAUAGUAGGUGUUUCACAAAGGUUUUAUGUAUUAGAAAAUUUUUAUGAAGUCAAAUAUAUUUUCACUAUCCAUUAAAGAGAUUUCUCUGUAGAAACUGUCACAGAACACGUUCGUGAAAGUUGUUAUAUAUAAACACAUUUGAGUCGCUAAAGGAAAAAUGACGACUUUAUAUCAGUUUGUAGUAAUACAUUGCUAACUUGUUUGUGAACCAAUACUUAAAACGUUACCAACCUUGUCUCGUCUGAGUUCAAAGAGUGAGCUCCAAUACUCGUCGCGACAUGUCAUGUCGUCACGUCAUGUCGUCACGUCAUGUCGUCACGUCGUGACAACUUCGGCGUACUCUCGAGUAAUCGCGCUGUUGUCUUAUUGGCUACUGAAAAUCGGAAACGUAACGAGUGUUAAACGAUGAUUUUGUCACAACAGCACUUGUUCUCCGAAUAAAUUAGGUAUUAACUAAUUUCCUUUUUGUGGUGGUUGUGUUUUAAGUCUUCACUCCCCCAGAAUUGUGUCGUUUCUUUCGAGGAGUCGCUACUUUCGCUGUUAGUAACUUUACGUUUAUUUAUGUUGUUUAAUUAACCUUACUUAAGUGACUCUAUAGUCUGGCGAUCGCCAAUGAAAGUUUUCAAACUUAUGGUGGUGUUCGUAAAAAAAAAGUGUGUUUAAGGUCAAGGAAUUAUGGUUUAUUGUUACACUUAAUGUUAUUUUAAUUCCUAUUUCUGUUGAGUUCAAAUGAAAAUUUAGUUCUUGAUAUCGUAUUAGGUCCAUAUUUCUAGAGCUGAAAUAGUGCGCCUUAACGGCGAGUGAAAGUAAGGGCUUAAAACAAGAUGAGAAAUCUUACAACAGGCCUGAUGCAAAGACUGCCAUGUUGGCAGUCAAAACCAACUUGGAGUAACCAUUCCAAGCAAAAAUGACUUUUCGUAAUAAUAUGACUCAUAACAUCUUUGACUCAGACGCAAUUUUGGCAGAUAUUUAAAACAUUAUAAGGACAAGCUGAUACGCUGGCCCCGGUUGUUCGAAGGCGAGGUUUGUUUUGUUAACACCUAUCUGCUGGCUACUGAUUUAUACGGUGGAUUGCGUUAUCCAGCCUUGGGACAACUGGGGCUUGGUCUUGCGUAUGACGUGUUUAUUCCAUUCUUGCCAACAGGUUCAUCUUCCGUGAUGGUUGACGAGGGCGCAGCCCUCGUCAACUAUCAUAUAGCAUAUUCAUAUAGCAUAUAUCAUAUAGCAUAUUCAUAUAAACUAGCAUAUUCGUUUUAAGAACAUCAAAUUUCCGCGGGGCAACUAUCAGCCCAUAGUUCCUCGACAGAAACACUCUAUUGUUAAAAUAGUGAAUGAGACCCAAGAUAGAGACCGUCAAUAUUCUUCGUUUUGGUGAUCAAGCAUAAAUUUUAAAGAGUGUUUUUAUUAUUAUUAUUAUUGUUGUUGUUGUUGUUGUUGUUGUUGUUGUUAUUAUUAUUAUUAUUUUAUACCUGAAUAGGUAGUUCAUCACCUGACAAAUUUCAAGUCCAAUUCACAUAUGCAGCAUUUUCAGAUCACUCCACGGCGGUCACGUUGAUUUUCCCAAACAACCAACUUUCUUUGGUUUUUGGGAAAUGUGUUCUUUUUUUAGGCAAAAAUGCCCAGUUGUUUGGGAACACCGAUAUAUGGCCACCGCGAAAAUGCUCUAUUAUGCACGUCAACGUGGACUUGCAUUUUCAGUUUGCUUUAAUUCUGUUUUUUCUUGCUCUCCCUUUGUUAGUAGGACGUAAUUGAACGUGUAACGUACAUUUUGAUGUAAAGUAAUUACGCCACACGUGAAAUGAAUAUAGGUAGUUUGUCAAUAAAAAAAAAUCAAUUUGGAUGUAUGUCUGUCGGAAAAAAAAAAGGUGGACGUGGAAUUUUAGUAGAAUAAUUAUUAAAAGGACAGAAACAAUCUCACCGUUUGCUACUGAUUUACUAUAGUUAAAUAUGUUAGUGUUAUAGAGUGGCUUACUUCAGUUCAUCACCCCGAGGGCCUGGUUAGCUCCUGAUUGGGCAAGAUGAAUUAAAUCCCGCACCCGAGAAAAGCGAGCAAGACUGGGCUAUCUUGUCCUCUAGGGAUUACUCGAUGCGUCCCGUA